UUAUGGGAAAGUAACAGAAUUAGAUUGAAAUUUCUAAGCCCAGUAAAGUUACUAAUUUGCUAGUCAUGGUUGAAUCAUGUUUUAUAUAAACCCUUGCAACUAGAAUUCAUCAUCAACAACUCAAAGGUACAAAACCACAAAUUAAUUAAAGAUGCAUCAAAAGCAUAUGUCUAGAGUUUUCAUGCAAGGAUUUAUCUUCCUUGUGAUUGCUUCAUUGGCUUCAGGAUCAGGAAGCAAGGCCAGUGCCAAAAGAAACAUCUUGGUUGGAGACUCUGAAGGCUGGCGUGCUGGCACUAACUACACCCGAUGGGCCAUAAAAAAUAGUCCAUUCCGCUUAAAUGACACAUUAGUGUUCAAGUUUCCUCCCCGGGGCAAUUCGACCAUUGUUCCGAGCGUUUACUUACUACCAAACAUGUGGAGUUACAUGACAUGUGAGUUUAGAGGAGCAAAGUUGCUAGGGAAUGCAGUUCAAGGUGUUGGAGAGGGCUUAAAGAUUGAGCUGAACCAGUUGAAGCCUUACUAUUUUGCCUCUAAUGAAGGGAAUGCCUAUGAUUGUAUUGCUGGACUCACCAAGUUCAUUGCUGUUCCAUCUACACGUUCCUUUUAGUUUAGCCCAAGUUGUUUUUCAUCCUCAAGUCAUGGUCCAAUUAGUCUUAAGUUAUUUCCUUCAAACAUAGUUGAAUUCAAAAUAUACAAAUAAAAUGGAUGGUCUCGUUGAGUUUCUCUUUCGUGUAAUACUAAAAAUAUGAAACCUUGUUUUUUGAGUUGAAUUGUGCUACCGAAAUAAAUAUGAUGUUGAACUUUUGUUUA